GCGUAAUCAUAAUCCAAUACAGACCCAAUGAAGAUCAUUCGAAGCUGUUUCUCUUCUCCUCUUUCUCCUUCCUCUCUUCCUCAAAUACCUUCCAUUUCCUCACUCAUUCAUCCUCCUCCAGCUUCCACCAUUUUUUAUAAAUACUCGUGACAAAACCUAAAAACAUUUAAUUUCUAUUACACACUUAUCUUCAAUGGUUGGUUUUGCAAAAAUGGGUUGGCUUAGUACAGACAAUAAUAAGAGCUUGAUAAUGGGAGAUCAUAGUCUUUCUAACAGCGAUUCCAAUAAUAGAAAGGCCAACCAAAUGGGAAUCUUGGCAUUUGAGACGGCGAAAAUCAUGUCAAGAUUACUCUGUUUGUACAAAUCUCUAUCCAAUGCUGAGAUUUCAAAGCUGAAAACAGAGAUGAGAUCACAAGGAGUUGCAUAUUUGAAUUCCAAAGAUGAAGGAUUUCUUUUAAGCCUCGCGUGUGCUGAGAGGCUUGAGGAUCUUGAUAAAGCUGCGGCUGCUGUAGCACGAUUAGGCCAUAAAUGCAAUGAUUUUGGCUUGAAUCGUUUUGAUCUUGUGUACACGGAUCUCAAGCUAGGGAUUAUUGAUUUUGGGAAACUGGAAUAUGGGUCAAAGGAAAUUGAAAAAAGAGUUGACAAAAUGGAGAAAUUGAUUAAUGCCACGUCUGGUUUGUACGCAGCAUUGGAAAAUUUAACAGAAUUGGAGAUAUCAGAGAGGAAAAUGAAAAAAUGGAAGGAGAAAAAAACAGCAGGGCAAUUGCAGAAAGUGAAUUGCGACAUGUUUAAUCAGAGACUAGAACAGCAAAGGAAGCAGGUUCGACAGUUAAGAGAGAUUUCAUUGUGGAGUCAAACGUUUGAUAAAAGUGUUGGUCACAUGGCACGUAUUGUCUGCAUAAUUUACGCACGAAUUUGCGUCAUUUUUGGUCCUUAUAUUCCUGUUCUUCCCUCUGUUUCAUUGCGUAACAUGCGUUCAUCUCAGCAAAAAGAGAUUCUUAAAGUCCAACCAGAGAAUUGUUUGAUCGAACCAAUAAGGGAACAGAUUAUUUCGAGGUCCGGGCCGAUUCCCACGACGUCUAAACCUACUUUGGUACGAUUUUACAGCCGAAAAUCGAUAUUUUUCCUAUGUGAAGAUGAAGGUUUUGGAUCGGAAAAAUUGGCGAAAAACAAUAGGGUGUUUCAUGCAGCAGGGCCUUCAACCGUAGGUGGUUCAGGGCUCGCGCUACGUUAUGCUAAUGUAAUAACAUUAGUAGAGAAGUACUCGAAUCCAUCCGAAUCGGUAGACCUUAAUUCACGAGAAAAUCUGUACCAAAUGUUACCGGAAAACCUGAAAAAAACAGUGAGAUCAAAAUUGAGCAAGAAUUUGAAAUGUAUGGAUGAGGACGAAUCGUUGGCCGAGGGGUGGAGGGAGGCAUUGAAACAUAUAAUGGAAUGGCUAGCGCCAAUGGCUCAUAACACUAUAAAUUGGCAGCUUGAAAGGAAUUUGGAGAAGACUAAGUUUGAUAUUAAGCCUUCUGUUUUGUUGUUGCAGACGUUGCAUUAUUCGGAUAAAGAGAAGACAGAUGCUGCCAUUGCUGAUAUUUUAGUUGGAUUGAGUUGCAUUUAUAAGUGUGAGAAUCGCCAAUGGAGUGAAUCUUGAUUUGGUGAUUUUUUUGAGAAUUGGUGAAUUUUUCAAUCAUAUAGUUAGUCAUGGCAAAUAUUAGCUAGGAUUCAUUGGGUUGUGGAAAAGAAAUUGGAGUACUUCCUUUUAUACAAAUAUACUUUUUCUUGAUUUCUUUUUCCAA